ACCUCGAAGCUGGAGAAGCAGAGCAGCGUGUCUGAGAGCGACUACGAUAACCCCACCACCCCGCUGGAGCUGGAGGAGACGGGGUCAGGCAGGAAGGGCCGGCAGAGGAGCGUCAUCUGGCAAGGGGAGGGAUCCAUCCCUGAAGACACCGACACAGCUCCCAGCUCCAGUUUGCCCAGUACAGAAGAUGUUAUUCGGAAAACUGAGCAGAUCACUAAGAAUAUUCAGGAGCUGCUGCGAGCAGCGCAAGAGAACAAGCAUGACAGCUAUAUUCCGUGCUCCGAGAGAAUACAUGUGGCAGUGACGGAAAUGGCAGCCUUGUUCCCAAAAAAACCCAAAUCUGAACUGGUAAGGACUUCUUUGCGGCUGCUGACAUCUAGUGCCUACAGACUCCAGUCCGAGUGCAAAAAAACCCUUCCCGUGGAGACGUGCCCCACGACAGACAUCCAGCUGGUCACGCAGCAGGUCAUCCAGUGCGCCUAUGACAUCGCCAAGGCCGCUAAACAGCUGGUUACCAUCACAACCAAAGAGAACAACAACUGAGGCACAACUUGGCUUUUUACUCUUGUUUUGUAAAGGUUGGAUUUCAAAUACAGGUGUGGAACUGUUCAGGUUUUUAUGAGAAAAACGAAAGGGGCAAGAACUUUUUUUUUUUUUCUUUUUAAAACUCAGUAUUAUUUUUGCAUGUUUUCUAACAAUUUUAUGAUUCAUUGAACCCACUGCCUUACUUUGUGCCUGUGUUGCCAGUUUAGUUACAGAUACU